AUGCCGUCACUCUCUUCGAAGCUGAAGGGCAUGCUUCACUCCGAGCAUCAUGCAAAGACGAGAUCACAGAGGCCAGGGGCCGACACCGAGCGUGACAAAAGAAAGGAUCCCGAGAAACGAUCUCUCUCAGGGUCUGCGAGUAGCUCUGCAUCGAGCACUGAGACCGACAAAUCUGACUAUGUGUUGGACGUCUUAAAGUCUACCUUCCAGCUAAAGCAUCUGAGAACCGUCAAAGAUGUUGCUCUACAGCAAAUCGAUGGCGAGCCUAUUGAUGACAAGACUUACCUCAUGGAACGUAUCGUCCAACUGGCGGCGGAUUUGCCAGUGUCGAGCAGGACGAGCGCCACCCUGACAAACGCAUUCCUGAAUCAGCUAUGGACGGAUCUGCAGCAUCCCCCCCAGUCGUACCUGGGAGCCGAUUACAUCUAUCGCAAAGCCGACGGGAGCAACAACAACAUCCUCUGGCCAGGCCUGGGUGCCGCCAAACAGCCCUAUGCGCGAACGGUACGUCCGCGACUCAUGCAACCCGUGGCUCGACCUGAUCCCGCGCUCCUCUUCGACGUGCUCCUGUCUCGGAAGAAGUUCAAGCCACAUCCCAACAAGAUCUCCAGCGUUUUGUUCUACGUGGCGUCCAUCAUCAUCCAUGAUAUCUUUCGCACCAAUCAUGACGACUUCAGUAUAUCCGACACCUCGUCAUACCUGGAUUUGGCGCCCCUCUACGGUAGUUCCACAGAGGACCAACAUGCUGUUCGGACAAUGCGUGAUGGGAAGCUGAAACCCGACUGUUUCUCGGACAUCCGAAUCCUGGGAUUCCCGCCUGGUGUUGGCGCUUUGCUCAUCAUGUUCAACCGCUUCCACAACCACGUAGCAGAAAACCUUGCUCGCAUCGACGAGGGCGGCCGCUUCUCCAAAAUUCUGCGCCCUCCAGGACGACCCAAGCCUGCUGACGCAGAAGAGCUUUACGACGAAGCUCUCUUCCAGACCGCAAGAUUGGUCACCAGCGGGCUUUACGUUAACAUCAUUCUCAAAGAUUAUGUGAGAACCAUCCUCAACUUGAACCGAGCAGAUACCCUGUGGAAUCUCGAUCCAAGAUCCGAGGAAGGUAGUGCGUUUUUCGGCCACAAGAUACCCGAAGCCACUGGCAAUUCUGUCUCGGCCGAAUUCAAUCUUGUCUACCGCUGGCACUCCUGUGUUUCCGAGAGAGAUGAGCAAUGGACAAAGGAUGCAUAUACAAGGUUGGUCGGGACCGAUUCUUCGCUCUCAAUGGACAAAUUCCUGCGUGCACUCAAUGAGUGGGCCGUCAGUUUAAGUCCAGAUCCUUUGAAACGGGAGUUUGCCGGCUUGCAGCGGCUACCUGAUGGCAGCUUUCAAGACGAAGACCUCGCAAGUAUAUGGACGGCUUCCGUGACAGAUAUUGCAGGUAGCUAUGGUGCAAACCAUGUUCCCGACAUUCUCAAGAAUAUAGAGGUGCUGGGGAUCAUGCAAAGCCGAUCGUGGAACUUGGCAAGUCUGAAUGAGUUCCGACAAUACUUCAAGCUGGAGCCUCAUAAGAAAUUUGAAGAUAUCAAUCCCGAUCCUCUGAUUGCCGAGCAACUCCGCCGCCUCUACGCACAUCCUGAUAAUGUUGAAAUCUAUCCUGGUGUUGUUGUCGAGGCGGCCAAGGAGCCGAAGCUGCCUGGCAGCGGGCUGUGCACCAACUUCACGACCUCAAGGGCAAUCCUUUCUGAUGCUGUCGCACUGGUUCGAGGCGAUCGAUUCUAUACUGUUGAUUAUUCGCCGAAUAACUUGACCAACUGGGGCUUCAAUGCAGCCAACUACGAUUUGAACAUCAACUAUGGCUGCGUGUUCUACAAGUUGGUGCUCACUGCGUUGCCCAAUAGCUACACCCAGAACUCAAUUUUUGCGCACUAUCCUUUGGUUGUCCCAGAAGAGAACAAGGCCAUUCUGGCCAAGCUGAAGAAAGCCAGUCUCUACGACUUCGCCAUGCCCACUGGUACUGUGCAACAUGGUACCGAAGUACACAGAGCUGUGACCAAGGUGUCUGCUUCUCCCGUGCUAGGCAAUGCUCCAGGGCUUCAUCUCGGCCUUGUUCUCUUCGAGAGCGACGGAUUACCGGAAGCUGCAGGAGCAUUUUACAGCAACGUCAUCACCAAGCUGCUGCAGAGCGAGUGCUACGAGCUUGCCGGCCGACAAUAUGUGGAUGUUGUGCGGGACGUUUUCAAUAUCGCUCACGCCAAAUUUGUUACCGAUCUGUUUCUCCUACCACAACGCAGUGCACCCGAGCUCAUUGCUUUGCUGUCCACAAUCCAUGGUCACGCGACCGCACGACAACCUGCCCAGCGGUUUGUGCUCAUGAACAGAGAUGUGGAAGCAAGGCAUCGGUUUGUCAAUCUUGUGCAAGAGGAGGCGAACCGUGCUGUCAAGGACCACCAUGGCCUUCACUUGGGCUCCACAGGGCCACUUCGACGGCAUGGUCUGCAAGCAAUACAGGCAGUGGCCAAAAAGGGGUUAUCUCCCGAAGAGAUAGCAUCUGCCCAAAUUGUGCCUCUGGCGGCCCUGAUAUUUGUCAGUCAGGCGCGAAUCUUUGCCGAAAUUCUUGAUCAUGUCCUCACGACAGGUGAGGGACAAUCGCCGCUCGAUGGACUCAAAGGGCAUCAGCCGGACCCCAGCGUGCUCUCGAACAUAAUCAGCUUUCACAUCGACAUAGAGACACUGGAAGGUAAACUGGCAGUCACCACCGUCGAAGUCACCCUUAGAGCCAUGGGCGAUCUCAAGAAGCUGGAUCGCGCGGCUGGGUCGACAGGUAGGCUCAGGCGCGUCGGCGAGGGUGAAGAGACCAGCUAUCUGGACGUGGAAGAGAGCACGUUCUCGAUGUACCCGGUGUCUAUGAUGGUACAUUGGGAGGCCAGUUGA